UUUCCAACUGAUGGAGCAAACGGAAUAAACGUCCACGCCGCCCGCUCUCGUUACAGUGUAGAAGGAAAUCGCACGUAGCCGCGGUUGAGAGCGAAAGAGUAACUGCCUUUUUCCACGGUCUUAUUUGGUUUAAUUACGUGUUGACAUCUCUUGCCUGUUGAUGGUAUUUUAUUUAUUUUUAUAACAUCUAUCGCAGCUGGAUUUCCCCUCGUCUCAGCAACGACUCACGGGAACAGCUAUUUUCUAAAGAGUUACUUUUCCAAAAAGCGGGCAUUUUCAUGUUUUUUUAUUUCAUCGGAUGUUUUUAUUCUUAGAGAUGGUCGCAGAUCUGAAGGCAAGCUGGUUCUGAAGGUGGUGGACUUGUUCCCCGAGCCCCGAGCCGGAGUCACCAUGGCGACGGGUGUGGCGGCGUGGCUCCCUUUUGCCAGGGCCGCAGCCAUUGGCUGGAUGCCCGUGGCCAACCUGCCCAUGCCCCUCGCUCCCACGGAGAAGAACAAGCGGCAGGACGAGCUCAUCAUCCUCAACGUCAGCGGGCGACGCUUCCAGACCUGGAGGAACACCCUGGACCGCUACCCGGACACCCUGCUGGGCAGCUCCGAGAAGGAGUUCUUCUACAACGAGGAGACCAAGGAGUACUUCUUCGACCGCGACCCGGACGUCUUCCGCAGCGUGCUCAACUUCUACCGCACGGGCAAGCUGCACUACCCGCGGUACGAGUGCAUCUCGGCCUACGACGAGGAGCUGGCCUUCUUCGGCAUCAUCCCGGAGAUCAUCGGCGACUGCUGCUACGAAGAGUACAAGGACCGCAAGCGGGAGAACGCGGAGCGCCUCAUGGACGACCAGGAGGACAACAAGGACAGCAAGCUGCCCAACAUGACCUUCCGCGAGACCAUGUGGCGGGCCUUCGAGAACCCGCACACCAGCACCAUGGCGCUGGUCUUCUACUACGUCACCGGCUUCUUCAUCGCCAUCUCCGUCAUCACCAACGUGGUGGAGACGGUGCCGUGCGGCGCCACGCCCAACCAGAAGGACAUGCCGUGCGGGGAGCGCUACACGGUGGCCUUCUUCUGCAUGGACACGGCGUGCGUGAUGAUCUUCACCGUGGAGUACCUGAUGCGCCUGUUCGCCGCGCCCAGCCGCUACCGCUUCAUGCGCAGCGUGAUGAGCAUCAUCGACGUGGUGGCCAUCCUGCCGUACUACAUCGGCCUGGUCAUGACCAACAACGAGGACGUGAGCGGCGCCUUCGUCACGCUGCGCGUCUUCCGCGUCUUCCGCAUCUUCAAGUUCUCCCGCCACUCGCAGGGGCUGAGGAUCCUGGGCUACACGCUCAAGAGCUGCGCCUCGGAGCUGGGCUUCCUGCUCUUCUCCCUCACCAUGGCCAUCAUCAUCUUCGCCACCGUCAUGUUCUACGCCGAGAAGGGCUCCAGCUCCAGCAAGUUCACCAGCAUCCCGGCCUCCUUCUGGUACACCAUCGUCACCAUGACGACGCUGGGCUAUGGGGACAUGGUCCCGAAAACCAUCGCGGGGAAGAUCUUCGGCUCCAUCUGCUCGCUGAGCGGGGUGUUGGUAAUAGCCCUGCCCGUUCCCGUCAUCGUGUCCAACUUCAGCCGCAUCUAUCACCAGAACCAGAGAGCAGACAAGCGGCGGGCGCAGAAGUUACAGAAAGCCAGGCUGGCCAGGAUACGGAUAUCGAAGGCCGGCAGCUCAAACGCCUUCCUGCACAGCAAGAGGAACGGACUCCUGAACGAAGGACUGGAGCUGACGCACUCCCCUUACAAGUUGAGCCUUUCAAAACAGGGUUCUAUCGAGGAGGAGCAGCAGCGAAGCAAGACCACCUCUUUACUGGAGAGCCAACACCACCACCUACUGCACUGUCUGGAGAAGACCACGAACCACGAGUUUGUGGACGAGCAGCUGUACGAGCAGAACUACCUGGAGGCGGGGCUGCAGAGCUACCCAUCCCGGAGCCCCUCCCUCUCCAGCCAGAGCGGGCUGACGGGCACCUGCUGCUCACGCCGCGCCAAGAAGAGCACCCACCUGCCCAACUCCAGCCUGCCCGCCCCCCACCUGCACAGCCUGCAGGAGCUCAGCACCAUCCACAUCCAGUGUGGGGACCGGCCCCCGCUCAGCACCAGCCGCUCCAGCCUCAACAUGAGGCCCGAUGAGGCGACCCGUCUCAACUGCAAGACAGGCCAGAUCACCACGGCGAUCAUCAGCAUCCCCACCCCGCCCGCCACCACCCCCGAGGGGGACGCCCAUCCGCCGCCCCCCAACCCCGGCGUCCAGACCACGGCCAGCUCGAACGUUGUGAAGGUGUCGGCUCUGUGAAGGCCCAGUGGGCCGGGGGUAAACGCGCCCUCCUGACAUCCGGCAGACUGCACGACUAACGGAAACCAGCAGGGUGGAGCUGUGGAGCAGAGCGAGAGCCCCCCUCUCUCUCAGGAGAGACACUGACAGAGACUCCCAGAGGGAGGAUGGCCUUUUAAAAAGUGUGGUACAAUGAGAGAGAGAGAGGGUGAGAGAGAGAGAGAGAGAGAGAGAGAGAGAGAGUGGCUGGAAGCACUUCAUUCCUUGUGAGGCAUGCAUCUUCAAACUGGCUAGUUGCAUUCCACAAGUUGCAUCACUGAUCUGAUUGGAUAAAGGAAAUCACAUGUCACUGUGUACUAUCCACCAUUUUGUUUCUUUUCGGUCCAGCAGGUUUAUUGAGAACGGAAAGGAAAGACAACGAAGCAAAGGAACGACAGCAAAAAAAAGAGAAGCAAGCAGACAAGGACAGUUAUUGCCAAUGUUUCUUCUUUAUUUCGGGCUCGGUUGUCCUUUGUUUUUGGUUUUGUGUCAAUUUCAGUCAACAUAUUUACCUGGAUAGACAAAACAAAAUGUAUAUCAUUUAACCAAAAUCUUUUUUAAGUAUUCUUUUAUUUUGUUUUAGAGAAAUGAGAAAAUAACUAUAAAAAGGUAGGAGUGUCAGUCGCACAGAUAUUAGCGGGUUUUUAUUUUUGUGAAUGUGUGUAUGUGGGUGUGCGUGAGUGAAGAAAAAUGUACAGUUGAUCAAAUCUGGGAUUUUCACAGCCUCUGUACAAAUGAACUAGCUGCCACUUGAGGUAGGUGUCUGAAAGGGUUUCUGUACAAAAUUCUCAGCAUGAAGCCUUUCGUAAAGCACAAUUGAGCCGCUCGUUAAAUUACCACACGCUUUCAUUCUUUCUAACAGAUAGCUCUUCUUGCUUUCCGUGCAGUAUCAAUAUUGUUCAAAAGCCUGUGCUUCUCAUUAGUGCUUAACCUUCUGACGUCAGAAUGAGACGCAGUGAAUUGAAUGAAAAGCACAGGGCGUCUCCUGAGAAUUUCACACAGAAACGUCCUGACUCUUACCUCUCCACCAGGUUGUUUGUGAAUAGUGUUAAUAGGAUAUUUUGUAAUAAUUGCCAUCGUAUGGCGAAACCAGUGCAGCUCCUCUCUUUCAGUGUUGUCUAGUGCGAACCCACCUUCAUGUCGACGGAGGACUUUCCUCUGGUAGCCGUUUAGCGUUUAGUUGUUGUUGUUUCUCCAGAUCUGCUGACUUUUUGAGUCAUUGGGUGUGUGUGCGUGUGUGCAUGUGCACGUGUGUGUGCACGCGCGCUAACUCCACACGGAUUACAACUUUGGUGUUUGUACUUUUUUGCCUACUUCGGUGUUUCCCCCACCCCAAACCUCUCGGUCGUAGUUGUUCUCUGGCACCUUCGAGGCGCCCGUCACGGCUGACUGGCCCAGCUGUGACCUCCGCGGGGCUUUUCUCAUUUUCCCUGUCAUCUCGUCUUCUGCGCUUUCCCGCUGCGGUCGCCUGGAGCCACGCUGCAAAACAUGGCUGUCUUAACAAGCGUUUUUAGUCUUGUAAUAAGACUUAUAAUCUUAUUUUCUCCCCUCAAGUAGGAAAUAUUAGCUCGUUUUAAGUUACUGUUUUCUUGUGAAAAGUGACAUUUUCUCACCCCAUUAGCAAAUCUUGAAAUGAGUCAAACUUUCUGACCCCACUGGCAGUUUAUUUUUGUCUCAUUUAACAAAACAAAAGUGAUAGAAAUAAGAUUGUAAGUCUAAAUAUGAGACUAAGAUACUUGUUAAGACUGACUCAUUUUUAGGUUUUUUUCCAGUGCAGCGGGGUGAGUAGAAGGUUAUCUGAGUGUGCUGGGUUCUUUAGUUACCCCCAAGGACAGAGCGGCCUCCGUGCAUGACCGUCUGCUCACCUGCGAUCAGUAUUAUCACCGCUGUGCGCUGUGGUCUUAGGGCCCAGCUCUGCCCAGGGAAGGACCAGCACAGGGGACGCAUCGCCGGACCCCGUGAAGCCCUGUUGCUGUGUGCGGAUGGGCCCCGCGGUCCGAUGUCAAAUCUGAACCGCAGCGCACGCCGACAGGGAAACGUGGCUUUGGGAAGGGAGGCCCGCGCUCGGCCAGGAUUCCGUGUCAAACGAGCGCCCGGAGUCCGCCCGCACGAGCUACAGCGGAGCGUCCUUCCACCGACGUCCCGCGGCGGGGAGCGCAGAGACGGGGGGCGGCUUCAGGUCAAACCUUCCGGAGGACCGCGCGCCUCCUCGCCCGUGCUCUCCCAAACUGAAGCGCUUGACUGCCGACUCAUAUUUCAAAUUGGGAGAAGGGGAAGUAUUUCAGAAGACCUAAAAACCCAAAGGAACUUUGAUGUAAGAACCUGCUGUUCAGUCAUAGUGAAGGGUCAGAUGGGUGGGGCUGGAUUGAGAUGAGACUGCUGGUGGUCUGGUGGACCGUGAAGAUGCGCUUUAUAUGCAGUGCUCUUUAUGUCGACAGGAUGGUGGAGGCUAAAAACGUGAGAAAGACCCUGAUGCGUCCAAACCCUUUAAUUCGCUCACCAUACAAACCUGAACAACCCAAAUCCAGUGUUAGCUCACAUGAGUACGGGGGCACAGUUGCGCUCCCAGUCUGUCCUUUUAAUGAGUAUAGGCUGAUUAUAGGUCGGUAAAUGCACUAUUAGAAGACUGGUUUAGUUUAGCGAUCUCCAGUAAGCUAUAAUGCAGCACUGCAGUUGCGUUCUGUCAGUUUGUUUGUUCAGUUCCGGUACGUUCAUUUGUACAUUUGUAUGUUUGCUUUCGUUGCCGUGGCGACUGGGAGACACUCCACUCACUUUGGGUUGAUUGACCUUGCCUUAUUGGAUUCGGAGAACACCCCUGAAACCCCUCGAGUCUGCGAUGAGGGGGGUAUGAGAUGAGGGGAACGCACACAAAGCACUACAAAUGGAGAAUCAGGGUAGCUGCACCCCCUUCCCUCCCUCCCUCCCUCCACCCCCACAGGGUCCCACCUUAGGGGACAGUUCUCUUUCCCAACAGCUUGGAACAUUCCAGAAAGUGUACUACCCGUGGGUGAAGGAGGGGUUUGUGUCCCGUGCAGAAUAUUCCUGAAUACAACCCACUGAUACAAAUCUUUUUUGUUCCCUUUCGAUCCCAGGGCACUAAUUGCAUCGUUCAUUCGGGUUCAAGCAGGUUGCCUUUGCUUCUCUGCGAUCCCUUUUUCUGACCCUGUCAAGGAGAGAAGCGGGCGAAUCGAACAAUCCUCGGCGUCGGAGGAAGACGUAUCGGACGAGGGCAGACAAACUGGAGAGGUUUCCGGAGAGAGCCGUGGCCAGAGGGACAGAGUCGAGGGCCAAAUUGCCGAAGUGCACACACAUAUGGAGUGGGAGACGCUUUCGUCCCCUUCGGACAAGAGCCCGUGUCAGUGGGCGAGAGUUGGAAAGUCGAUAUCAUGGCGCGAGUUUGCAUGCUCUCAUGGAUACAGUUGGCAGGUGGACCGGCGAAGAAAAAGGAAAUAAUUUUCAGUGUGUAUUCUUUGUUCGAUUUUUUUAACAAAGGAAAUAUUGUAUGCUGUAUGUCUCUCCCUCUAUUCUUUUCCUGUCUUUCUUUCUCUUCCUCUUCCUCUUUGCUGUCUUCCUUUCUGUCCCGUUCCUUAGAAUUCUCCCUUUCUUUCCAACUGCUGUGCAUAUCCUGUCAGAUGUUGUAUAUCAUUUACGAAUUUGUCUUGUGUCACGACUGUGAAGCGCCUGAUAUAGCUCUAUAUCUGCCACAAAUACAAACCUGUGGAAUUUA